AUGGCCCAUCCCGCUGCCGCUCAGCCGGGGCCAACUGUCCAUGGGCUUCUUGAUGGGCUUUCCUCUGAACACCCAUCCCUGGCCAUACCCAAGAAUGAAGAUAACGCGGACAUCCGCCAGAAAUACCGCCCAUUCAUUCUCAAGGAUGAUGCGGCUGAGGACUGGGUUAGUACCUUGGAGCUGACAACCGCCCUGGACAUGGCGGCGAAGGAACUCCAGGUGUCGCACAACAGGUUAAAAGUUCUCGUUCUGUACGGCAGUCUCCGUCGGAGGUCCUACUCUCGCCUGGUGGCGCUGGAAGCCAGCAGAAUUCUCUUCCGUCUGGGGUGCGAUGUCCGCGUGUUUAAUCCUGAAGGGUUACCAGUGAAGAACGAUACCGAGCAUGGCCAUCCCAAGGUGCAAGAGCUCCGGGAGCUGAGCAAAUGGAGUGACGGUCAUGUUUGGGUUUCGCCGGAACAGCAUGGUAAUCUGACCGCCGUGUUCAAAAACCAGAUUGACUGGAUCCCGCUUACCACCGGGAGUGUUCGUCCCACACAGGGCAGGACCCUUGCUAUUGCGCAGGUGUGUGGCGGAUCGCAAUCGUUCAAUGCUGUCAACUCCCUGCGUAUUCUCGGCCGGUGGAUGCGCAUGUUUACUAUCCCAAAUCAGUCCUCUAUUCCCCAAGCAUAUACCCAUUUCCCUGACGAAGGUCAACCGGGAGAUCAGAGGCUUAUGCCUAGUGGUAACCGAGACCGGCUGGUAGACUGCAUGGAAGAGUUUGUGAAAUAUACUAUCCUCAUGCGUCCUCACUUCGAGCUUUUUGGUGAUCGGUUCAGUGAGCGGGAGAAGAGGGUGAUAUAA